AUGUCUCACAGCACAAACCGUCCCGUCAGCCGCCUGCAUCCCGCCUGCCACCGCCAUCGUGAUCUGUUCGCCCUGCCCAACGAGAUUCUGCUUGCCAUUCUCUCGAUCCCGUCCCUCGCGCCUACCGAUCUUCUCCGGCUGUCGGCAACCUGUCGCUUCGGCUACACCUUCGUCAUCCUGCACAAUUCCUCGCAUGGGCUUCUUAACCUCGCCAUCCUGCGCAACCAGCGGGCCCUCCGCGCUCGCCACCACCAAAAGCACAACAGAAAGGCAUGCCGAUCACGCAACUGCAUCUGCCUCUACGCCACCCCGCUGGAGUGGGCUGCCAGCGCCGGCUUCAUCUCCAUCCUGCGUCUCUUCCGGGACUGGGUCUUUGUGCCCUCGCUCGUCGCCGCACCGGGCUCCCAAUCUCCCUUCCAUUUCGCCAACCCCAUCACCGAGUGCCUUCCGUCUGGAUUCCGUCCCAGCAUUGCCCUUGUGGACCCGACACACUCGCCACUGGCUCUGGAAACCUCUCCGUGCUCCCACAACGAGCUGGUCGAAUUCAAUCGAUCGACCUGGCGCAAGUCGCUCUUUGCUGCCUGCCGCCACGACCAGCUCGAUGCCGCCCGCUUCAUCUUCGAGACCCCUUUCUUUUUCUACUCCAUCCAAGACGACUCCAGCGACCGCCAGCGCCUCUUCUUUCGCUGCGCUCGCUAUGCCCUCGCCAGCCUCAACCACCAACUCCUGGAGUAUCUCGCACAGCAGGCCCGCUCGCCCUCGUUUUUGUUCUGGAACCGCAACGAACUGCUUCGGAUAGCGUGCUACAACAAGUCCAUCGAGGCCGCCUCGAUCCUGCUCCGCCAUGGCGCCGACCCCCAUGACAUGAACGGCGCUCCCUUCACCAUCUCUCUGGACUGCUAUCCGCUCCUCAAGCUCCUGCUGGACUCGCGCACCGACCGCCUCGACCACGACUACAACAUGAUGGAGGCCGCCGUCCGCGCCAAUCUGGUUUCUGUCGUCGAUCUGCUCCUGUGUUAUUUUGUGUAUUCAUCUGCCGCCAUCGCCCACCUGGUCACUGUUGCUCUCAAGAACGGAUACGAUCACUUGGCGCUCUCGCUGGCCGAACGGCUCGGGAGCUCCGUCAGCGAGGGCACCGAGCUGAAUUGGUGGCAGCUCUGCUACCAGCGAGGCUCGGCCCAGUUUGCGUCGCUGCUCAUCCGCUUGGGCCUCGUCGAUCCGGCUCACGACCACCCCAAGCCGCUCCUGCAUGCCUGUGACCGCGGACACGCCGGCAUUGUCCAGCUCCUGCUCGUCCACGGCGCAGACGUGGCUGCCCACGAUCACUUGGCCCUGCGCUCAUCGUCCCUGAAUGGCCAUGGCGAAGUCGUGGCCCUCCUACUGCAGCACGGCGCCGAUCCUCACGUCUAUGACAACCUUCCACUGCGGCUUGCGUGUGAAAACGGACACUUCAAGGCCGCCAAGCAUCUGGUUGCCCGCGGGGCCGAUGUCGCCGUCCAUAACCACGUUUGUCUGAUCUCGGCCGCGCAAGCAGGCCACGCAGCGGUUGUCGGACUGCUUCUCUCCUGUGGCAGCAACGUCCAUGCAAACAACGACGAAGCCCUCCGGAAGGCAACCGAAAACGGCCACCAGGAAGUCGUGCGGGUUUUGCUGAACUAUGGCGCUGAUAUUCGAGCGAUUCAAGCGUGA